CUAAAAUUGUUUAAACAUGGACGUCAAAGUUGGAAAGUGAAACUUUCUGCAGGUGCACAUUUAACAUUAUCGAAAUGGGAGAUGGAAUAGAAGUAAAGAGAUGUGGAGUGAAAUUUUCCCCUCCUGCCUUAGUUUUAAACUACCUCAUCAAAGCCUCAGGCAAGAUGCACCGUAGAACAAUGCCUCUACGGAAUUUUAAUAAGAAUUCUAGUGUGGAUGCCACUGUUGAUGAGUUGUUGACAAAUCCAAGACAUGCUAAGUUUGUGAAAUGCAUGCCAAAGUUUCAGCUAUACAGACUUGUAGCCAUAAUCAGGGACAAACUAAGUGGGAUGUCACUGGAAGACAGUUUAGCAAAGAAUGAUGAGAUUGACAGGCUAGACCCAGAGGAAGAUCUAAAUAAAGUGGAUGAUGAAACACUCAGAAGAAAAAAGUCUUUAAUGGAGGACACUUUUGAAAAGCAUGUGAAGAAGCCAGGUGAUCCGGACUUUCAGUACGAUGUACAGGUGGAUUUUGAUGAAGUGGAGGCAUGUGAGUGGGAUUCAGAGGAGUCAGAUCAGGAGUUCUAGGAUCGGGAUUUAUUUUCUCAUUUUAAACCACUACUAAAAAUAGAAAGAUAUAUUUAUUGUUUAUGUCUUGGCAUUUUAUUUACUUAUACUGUCUUUGGUAUCUAUGCGGAUUCAGAUUGAUAUUAAAUGUUAACGUUUCAUUACUUAAAAUCUACCUAGUACACAGAGAAAAUGUCCUUGUUUAUAAUCAGGGUAAUCUUAAACCUAGCUUUAAUUUAUGGAAGAAUAAACUAGAAGUUGUUACUGAAGAAUAAGCAAGAAAACAUUUUUUUCCAUAGUUAUGUUGUGUUGUAAAAUAAGAAAUGUAAAGGAAGGGGGGUGGAAAGUAUAGGGAUUUUCUAUAACCGUAUCAAAAUAAGUUAUAAAAGAAGGAAAGAGGGUGCUUUAUCCAGAUAUUAGGAUAGGCAUUUAUGCUUUUAUAGAUGUAGAGUAGAUGUGGAAUAUUUAUAUUACCUAUAUACACCACAGUGUAUUCAGUGUAUCCAUUAGGUGUUCCUGUUCUCUGUUUUGAUUAGUGCUGAAUAUGUGAAGAUAUGAAGAUUUUAUACUUUUAUAAAGUGUGUAAGGUGAUCGUCUUGUACAUCUAUAAAUAAUAGUACAAUAUGAUGUUAAUUCUGUAAAUCUGUAAAUUUUUUAUAGUGUUUGAAUCGACUGAUAUCGGAAGAAUCUCAAGGCAAGCACAGUUACUAACAGUUAAGAGUUUUGAUUUUACUCCCAUGGGAGGCAUCUUUAUUAUUUCAAUACGAUGUAUAUGUGUAAUACUUAUUUAAACUACACAACUACAUUCAUGAGCCUCAUAAAGUCAAGUUAUUGUUGAUCUCGAACAGAUUUCUUCACACAUUACACAUGUCACUUCAUAAUAUUAUGUAAAGCAAGGAAAAUGUGAUAGAUUCUACUCAAUAAGAAAUCAUAUUUUUUAAAUUUAUAUAUAUACAUGUACUUUUGUGUUGCA